GGGCUUGGAGCCGCUGCUCGCGAGGCAGACUUCAUCUUCCCCAGCGCUAGGCAGUCCGCUCCGUGGGACCUGCCUCCGGAUGGCGUUGAGGGGUCUUGGUUACAAUAAGGGGAGCCUGUGUUAUGGCUGAGAGGGGUCUCUGGUGGAAAAGGCCAAGGCCCUUCCUCCCAUCUUCCCGUCCCCCCAGCUUCCCUUUGGCCAGUCCAUUCUAUUUGUGUGGCCAGCAGGGCAGUGACUGUUGCUCUGUGAGUGUGUGAGCAUGUAUGCCCAUGUCUGUGUGAGUCUGUGUGUUUCUAGGAGUGUGUAUGUGUAUGAGCCUGUAUGAAAAUGUGUUUCUGUGUGGUGUUUCCCCUCUGCAUCUCUCAGAGAAGGGAUCCACCCUCUCCUUUGCCCUGUUUUUUCCCUCCAGUUGUGCAGCUCUUCCACCCACCUGCACACAUCGGGGCCCUGAGCCCCUUUGGGGUUGGAGGGCAUGGACCACAACUUUGCCUGGGUGAGAAGGGGUUCUUGGCUUUCCUGAGUGGGCUAACCUUUGGAGGUGUGGGGCAGGAGUGGUCAGAGAGGAGGUUUCUUCCCAGAAAUAGGCUGGUCAGGCCCCUGGGGGCAUGGGACCAGAGUUGGGGCAAUGCCUGGGGCCCCUGAGUGCAAAUAGAAAGUUAAUUUGGGCAGGAGCUGGGCUGCUUUCAGUCCUGCUGCCCUCCUGCCUGCUCUAUUAAUACAGAUCCAGUUCUGCUGCCUGGCAUCACCUAUUUAUAGCCCAGAGGCAGCAUAGCCACACCCCCUGUGUGGAGGAGGGUGAGGGGCAGAGGAGGGGGUGGGGAACUCACAGCUGUAGAAGCCAAGGCUGAGGGUCCCUACGUGUCCACAGCCUCCUUGGGUGGGCCUGGCAUUGAUGGGCUGGAAUCCACCCAGACUCCCCACCUCCUUCCCAGCCUGGACUGUGUGAUCAGGCUCCUGAUUCCCCCUCAGCAACCACCCCCAAUCAAUCUAGGGUUGAGUAGGUCUGUCUAGACCCUGUGAACUCAUCAUUAAUUAGCUUGUUAAAUGGCUGAAAGGAGAGGGAGGGGCCUGGCAGGGCUCUUUCUGAAACAGCUGUGGUUGUAAUUAGGUGGACAGUGUGGUUGGCUAUUAUUUAUUCUGGUUAUGAUUACUCUGGGAUCAGCUCCUCUGAUUGGUGGCUUGGCAGGGAAGGCUCCCCCUUCUCCUAACCACCCAUCAACCUCUAGAAUUGUUGGUGCCCGCCUGCCGGGGAGGGCCUGUGGAUGUGCCAAAGAAGUGGGUAGCUUUGUCCACUACGGUUAUCUGCCAAAGGCUUCUCAGCCUGCUAGCCCCGCCCCCCACGGCAAUGCCCUGGGUUCCAGCAACAGGCUCCUGAGCUCAGUGGGGGGCCUGCCAAGGUACCUACGUGGCCUGGGAUGCCCCAUGCCUUCAUGGCCUGCCUGAACUGAACUGUCUCAGCGUCCAGGAAUGUGGGCUUCUUUGCCAGUCUUAGCUGAGACUGGCAUGAAGCUUGGGGCACCAAGUGGCACCAGAUUGGGUAGACAGGAGCCUGGGGCCAGGGGCCGGGGUAUGGACAAAUUGGAAGGGUGGGUGGUAGAGAGCACCACGGCUCUGGCUUCUCCCAACAUAGCAUCUUUUGCAGGAGCCCUUGAGCACCUUGUGUGGCCAGGAGGAGGAGUUCUGCCAACCAGGCUUAAGUGCCUGUAGGCACACCUGCUGCUGUGCACACUCCUAGUGCCACUGGCUACAUUUUCUGGCUCCCACAUACCCUCCCCCCUCCAUGCACUCACACUUCCUGGGCAGGACUGGGCUUGUGUCUACUGCCUGGAAAUGUGCUUGGCUGAGGCUGGGCCUUUUGGCCUAGGCUUGGCUACAUUCCAGGGGAGACCAAGGAGCAGGAAGAUGUCAGGCCAGAGGGUGCUUUAUCAGAGAGAAAGAGGGUGGUCGCCACUCCCUACUGUCAGAGAGGGUGGCAAUUCUCCUAAGACCGCACGACGACAAAAGGAGUUGGAGCCAGGAAGCAAAUUUUGGUGCCCGCGGGGGCAUCUGACUGAUCCAUGGUUUUUCCCUGUCCCCCAUCUCAGAGCUUUUUUGUGAUCCUGGAAGUUGCUGCCUCUCAAAGGGUGCUGACCCUUCCACUCACGGGGCAGAUAGGUGCAUCAUGGGUCCAGGUUGAGUUGGGGGGACAUGGGUAUCCAUGUUCUCUGAAGAAUCUUCUCCGUUUUCAGAGCACUUGCACAUACACUGUUGCAUUAACUCUGCAAGGCUGCAUGUUGUGCCUGGGUCAGUCCACCUUCCUCCGCUUUAACCACCCGGCUGAAGCCAAGUGGAUGAAGAGCAUGAUUCCAGCAGGGGGCCGGGCUCCUGGGCCGCCCUACAGUCCUGGCCCAGUAGAAUCAGAAAGCUUGGUGAAUGGGAACCAUACCCCACAGCCUGCAACCCGGGGACCCUCGGCCUGUGCCAGCCACAGUUCCCUCGUGAGCUCUAUUGAGAAGGACUUGCAGGAAAUCAUGGACUCAUUGGUGCUAGAAGAGCCUGGAGCUGCUGGCAAGAAGCCUGCUGCAACUUCCCCACUGUCACCGAUGGCUAAUGGUGGGCGCUACCUGCUGUCCCCCCCAACCAGCCCCGGCGCCAUGUCUGUGGGCUCCAGCUAUGAGAACACUUCUCCAGCUUUCUCUCCACUCUCGUCACCAGCCAGCAGUGGAAGCUGUGCCAGCCACUCACCCAGUGGGCAGGAGCCAGCACCUUCCAUGCCUCCGCUGGUGCCUGCCCGUUCUUCCAGCUACCAUCUGGCCCUGCAGCCCCCACAGUCCCGAUCGAGUGGUGCCUGCUCCUCUGAGAGCCCCCGGCUGGGCAGGAAGGGGGGUCAUGAGAGGCCAUCCAGCCCUGGCCUCCGGGGUCUGCUGACAGAUAGCCCUGCAGCCACUGUCUUGGCGGAGGCUCGCAGAGCCACUGAGAGCCCCCGGCUGGGUGGGCAGCUGCCUGUGGUGGCUAUCAGCCUGAGUGAAUACCCAGCUUCUGGUGCCCGCAGCCAACCCACCAGCAUUCCUGGAAGCCCCAAGUUCCAGCCUCCAGUUCCUGCUCCCCGAAACAAGAUUGGCACACUCCAAGAUCGCCCUCCCAGCCCUUUCCGUGAGCCACCAGGCACCGAGCGGGUGUUGACAACCAGCCCCUCACGCCAGCUGGUGGGCCGAACAUUUUCAGAUGGGUCGGCCACCCGCACCCUGCAGCCUCCUGAGAGCCCUCGCCUGGGUCGGCGGGGCCUGGACAGUAUGCGAGAACUCCCUCCCUUGAGCCCAUCCCUGUCCCGACGGGCUCUCUCCCCCAUGCCCGCCCGGACCACCCCAGAUACUAAACUAACCAGGGAAGUGGCAGAGAGUCCCCGGCCCCGGCGCUGGGCAGCCCACGGGGCUUCACCAGAGGACUUCUCCCUGACGCUGGCGGCACGGGGCCGUAGGACACGAAGCCCCUCGCCCACACUUGGGGAGUCCCUGGCGCCUCGCAAGGGCAGCUUCAGCGGCAGGCUGAGCCCGGCCUACAGUCUGGGCUCUUUGACUGGGGCUUCACCCCGCCAGAGCCCCCGUACCCAGAGGAAGCUGUCCAGUGGGGACUUACGGGUGCCUGUCACUCGAGAGCGGAAAAAUAGCAUCACGGAGAUUAGCGACAAUGAGGAUGACCUCCUGGAGUACCACCGGCGGCAGCGCCAAGAGCGGCUUCGGGAGCAGGAGAUGGAGAGGCUGGAACGCCAGCGCCUGGAGACCAUCCUGAACCUGUGUGCCGAAUACAGCCGGGCUGAUGGGGGACCUGAGGCCGGGGAGCUGCCCAGCAUUGGAGAGGCCACUGCAGCACUAGCGCUGGCAGGCCGGAGGCCCUCACGAGGCCUUGCAGGGGCCACUGUGGCCUCUGGGCGGAGCAACGAGGAGCCUGGAGGUGCCACCCAACGCCUAUGGGAGAGCAUGGAACGCUCAGAUGAGGAAAAUCUCAAGGAGGAGUGCAGCAGCACUGAGAGCACCCAACAGGAGCAUGAAGAUGCACCUGGCACUAAGCUCCAGGGAGAGGUGCUGGCCCUGGAAGAGGAGCGGGCUCAGGUGCUGGGGCGAGUGGAGCAGCUCAAGGUCCGCGUGAAGGAGCUGGAGCAGCAGCUGCAGGAGUCAGCCCGAGAGGCUGAAAUGGAGCGGGCGCUGCUGCAGGGGGAAAGGGAGGCAGAGCGGGCACUGCUGCAGAAGGAGCAGAAGGCGGUAGAUCAGCUGCAGGAGAAGCUGGUGACCUUGGAGACGGGCAUCCAAAAGGAAAGGGACAAGGAGAGGGCGGAGCUGGCCGCGGGACGGAGGCACCUGGAGGCCCGCCAGGCGCUCUACGCUGAGCUCCAGACGCAGCUCGAUAACUGCCCCGAGUCAGUGCGGGAACAGUUACAGGAGCAGCUGAGAAGGGAGGCAGAGGCCCUGGAGACUGAGACAAAGCUCUUUGAGGACUUGGAGUUCCAGCAGUUGGAGCGGGAGAGCCGCGUGGAGGAAGAACGUGAGCUGGCAGGCCAGGGGCUGCUCCGGAGCAAGGCUGAGUUGCUCCGCAGCAUCACAAAGAGGAAGGAGCGCCUGGCAGUCCUGGACAGUCAGGCCGGGCAGAUCCGGGCCCAGGCCGUGCAAGAGUCGGAGCGCCUGGCCCGGGACAAGAAUGCCUCCCUGCAGCUGCUGCAGAAGGAGAAGGAGAAACUGACUAUGUUGGAAAGAAGAUACCAGUCACUCACAGGGGGCAGGCCUUUCCCAAAGACCACACCCACCCUCAAAGAGGAGUAUGUGAGCCUGGCAGAGGUUCUCCAGCUGUGCUCCCGCUUGGACCCUUAUGCUUCUGCCACCUCCCCCAGCGUGCUCGCCCAGCCCCUGCCUGACAGUGAGGUUUACCGCUCCAAGAUGGAUGGUGAGGCCACCAGCGCCUUGCCCCGGACCCGCAGUGGCCCCCUCCCCUCUUCCUCUGGCUCUUCCUCCUCCUCCUCCCAGCUCAGCGUGGCUACCUUGGGCCGUAGCCCCUCCCCAAAGAGUGCUCUACUUGCCCAGAAUGGCACAGGCAGCCUUCCUCGCAACCUGGCAGCCACGCUGCAGGACAUUGAGACCAAACGCCAACUGGCCCUGCAGCAGAAGGGGCAGCAGGUGAUUGAGGAGCAGCGGCGGCGACUAGCUGAGCUGAAGCAGAAAGCAGCAGCCGAGGCGCAGUGCCAGUGGGAUGCCCUGCACGGGGCGGCCCCCUUCUCGGCGGGCCCCUCGGGCUUCCCUCCGCUCAUGCACCACUCCAUCCUGCACCACCUGCCGGCUGGGCGCGAGCGUGGGGAGGAGAGUGAGCACGCCUACGACACACUGAGCUUGGAGAGCUCUGACAGCAUGGAGACCAGCAUCUCCACAGGGGGCAACUCGGCCUGCUCCCCCGACAACAUGUCUAGUGCCAGUGGCCUGGACAUGGGGAAGAUCGAGGAGAUGGAGAAGAUGCUGAAAGAAGCUCAUGCAGAGAAGAGCCGGCUCAUGGAGUCUAGGGAGCGGGAGAUGGAGCUGCGGCGGCAGGCCCUGGAGGAGGAGCGGAGGAGGCGGGAACAGGUGGAACGGAGGCUGCAGAGCGAGAGCGCCAAGAGGCAGCAGCUGGUGGAGAAGGAGGUCAAGAUGCGGGAGAAACAGUUUUCCCAGGCACGACCCCUGACCCGCUACCUGCCAAUCCGGAAGGAGGACUUUGACCUGAAGACCCACAUCGAGUCGUCAGGCCACGGUGUUGAUACUUGCCUGCACGUGGUGCUCAGCAGCAAGGUCUGCCGUGGCUACUUGGUCAAGAUGGGUGGCAAGAUUAAAUCAUGGAAGAAGCGCUGGUUUGUCUUUGACCGGCUCAAGCGCACCCUUUCCUAUUAUGUGGACAAGCAUGAGACGAAGCUGAAGGGGGUCAUCUAUUUCCAGGCCAUCGAGGAAGUGUACUAUGACCACCUGCGCAGUGCAGCCAAGAGCCCAAACCCAGCCCUCACCUUCUGUGUGAAGACCCAUGACCGGCUGUACUAUAUGGUGGCCCCAUCUGCAGAGGCCAUGCGCAUCUGGAUGGAUGUCAUUGUCACCGGGGCUGAGGGCUACACUCAGUUCAUGAACUGACUGGUGUGGGCCUCCUGGACCCUCGGGCUGGCCCCCGGACCCACGUCUGAUCACUUGCUGCUCCUCGCCCCUGGAGACGGAGUCUUACCCUGGGCCCUAAGCCUCACAGGAGCGCUCCCAGAGGCCCUGGGAGGAUGGAGUGUGACUGGGGUUUUUGUACAAGACUUUGUAAUGUUCUGUAAGGAGCUCAUCCUGUGAGUUUCUGAGCUUGGGCCCCCUAAAGAACCAGCCAGGAGAUAAAAGCCGGGGAGGGGGCUUUGCUGUCUCCUGGGAGUCCAGAACGUGCAAUAACCCUUCAGGGUCUUGCCCGGACCCCAGCCAGGGCUGAGGAGCUGUCACAGAGGGGGCCUCUCAGCUCUGACCUGGCACCUGCAUUCCCCAGCCUGUGUUCUCUUUUGUAAAAGGACAAAUGGUACCAGAAUCUGCCAAAGAUCCCCUCUUGCCUCAGCCCACUUUGCAGGGGCCUGGGGGCUGAGCAGAGCCACAUCCAGAGCGGGGUAACAGCUCAGGCGGUAUACUUCUCAAACCUCGCUCAACCCUGUUCUUCUCCUGUGUUUAUACUUUUUAUUACUUUGCUCAAGGGCCGGAGACCUCAAGUGUCAUCCUUGAGGUCCCAGCCCCAUCUCCUUUUUGCAGACCCAUUGCCAUGGUUACAUACUAAUUGCCCUGGCUCCAUGGCUCUGCCCACUGCUUCAGCUGUGGGCCCAUGUGAGGGUAUGUGCCAUCAUCUCUCCAGCCCAGGCCCUUGGGCAUCUCAUGCUGGGGGGAAGGGACUGAAUACCUCCCUGCCCCCUGCCUAUGUCUCCAGGCCCUGAUGCACAGCCUGCUGGCCCCCCAGUCCAGCCCUCUCCCUUCCACUUGUGCCUUGCUUAGAGCCAGAAGGGACGAAGCUGGGGGAUCUAGAGACCAGAGGAGGAGUGAUGCGGAUAGGAGAGGAAAGUGGAAGGGCCCGUACAGGGCUGAGUUCUGUGCAGGGCUGAGUCUCUGACAGGGACAGAGGGCUGCUCAGACGCUCCUGAGGGAAGGCCUGAGCAGGAGAAGUAGCUGCAGAUGGGGAGGACCCUGAGGUCCGGCUGCCCUCCCUUUAGUCUCGAUAGGAUGAUGAAAAUGGAGAGAAGAGGACCAGGCCUCCAGCUGUCUGGCCUCAGCCCUUCCCGCCUUAACACUAAACCCACCUUCCUGCCCCUCUUCCCAGCACUGGGCCUUGGUUGCUGGGUCCGGGCUGGGUGAUUUUCAGUAUUUGUAAGCGUCUCAGCAGAACAAUAAAGCAUUUGGAGUAUG